CUUCCCCAACUAACAAAGAAAGAGCUCAAGAAUUAAAAGAUGAUCAAGUUCGGCUCAAGAAGGUUCUGCAGAGGCAGUUUUAAGUUUUGCGGUGGCGGCGGCGGCGGCGGCGGCGGCAGCAGUAAAGGGGGUGGUGCUGGACCUGGUGGUGAUAGUCAAAAGGGAUGUGGAGAAGGAGUUAGCAAUGAAAUUAAAUGGGAGGUAAGGCCUGGUGGCAUGCUUGUUCAGAAGAGGGAAAGUGGUAGUAAUGGUGAAGGGAUGAUUACUGUGAGAGUCUCCACUGUUUCUCAAUGGCAUGAUGUUUCCGUUGAAGCAACUUCCACCUUUGGGGAGUUGAAGAUGAUAUUGGCAUUAGUAACAAGUUUGGAACCAAGGGAACAAAGGCUAUUGUUCAAAGGAAAAGAAAGGGAAGAUGAGGAGUACUUGCACAUGGUUGGAGUAAGAGACAAAGACAAAGUGCUAUUAUUAGAAGAUCCAGCCAUAAAGGAGAUGAAGAAGCUUCAUAGCUUGGGAGGAAGAGGACAACACAAUAUCGACACUCGUACUAAUGCUUAUCGCACCAUUAGUGUAUGAUGCUAAUUAAGUAGUUAUUUUAUUAAACCAAUCUUGUUUGCUCUAACUAACCACCAAACAAUGAAGAUGAAAUAUGGUGGGGAUGGAUUAGACCAUUAAUUAGGGAGUUUGGUUUGUAUUAUAUGUUGGCGAAUUAGACAAUUUAGUAUGUCUAAUUAACAUGAUGCCAAUCCGCGUCAUUUUGCAUAUUUUAGUUUGUUUAUAAUGGAAGAUGUUGAUUCCCAAUCCCAUGUGUCAUG